CUAGGCAUACAGACUGCUUCUACAAACAUUUGUAAAAGAAUGGGUCGCUCUCAGGACCUCAGUGAAUUCAAGCGUGGUACCGUUAUAGGUUGCCACCUGUGCAAUAAGUCCAUCCGUGAAAUUUCCUUGCUACUAAAUAUUCCACGGUCAACUGUUAAUGGUAUUAUAACAAAGUGGAAGCAACUGGGAACAACAGCAACUCCGCCAUGAAGUGCACUGGACUCUAGAGCAGUGGAGACGUGUUGAUUGGAGUGAUGAAUCUUGCUUCUGUCUGGCAAUCCAAUGGAUGUGUCGGGAUUUGGUGGUAGCCAGAACGGUACUUGCCUGACUGCAUUGUGCCAAUUGUAA